AUGGACUGCAGGUUUGAGUUGAACCUGCGGCCGUUGCGUCCAGGAGUCCCCCUCUGUAUGGGCGCCCGCUCUACCACGAGGUUUCCUCCACUGGUCUCAGACAGCAACAGAAACGUCAGCCUCUCUGUCUGUGAGAUCAGCUCCUAUGUGCUGCUGGCUAAACUCAGUGCCUUUCCGACUGCUGAAGACCUGGGCUACGCCAGCCGCAUCGUUAGAUGGCUGACUAGCCAGCAGAACUACUACGGAGGAUUCUCCUCCACACAGGACACCGUGGUGGCUCUUCAGGCUCUGGCUCUCUACUCCACUCUGGUGUUCAGUCCAGUGGGUUCAAGCACAGUGACGGUCCAGUCUCCCAGUGGCCAGCUGACGUUUGAUGUGAAUCAGUACAACAAACUGCUCUACCAGGAGAAGAAUCUGCAGGGCGUGUCAGGAACGUACAGCCUGGAGGUGAAGGGGACUGCAAGUGCUGCAAUACAGAUUUCUCUUGUCUAUAACAUCCCAACUCCUGUUCAAGAUACCGCAAUCCGCGUUGACGUCAAAGCAGAGGCCGACCGCACCAGAGAAAGAACCAAAGUCCUUCUAAAAAUAUCAUCCCUAUAUAGUGGAAAGGAGCCCAGUACAAACAUGGUUAUCCUGGAUGUCAAAAUGCUCUCUGGAUAUGUCCCAGACCCAGAGUCUUUGAACAUGCUCAAAGGUGCCAGGCUGGUGGAUCGUGUUGAACAAAAGGAGGAUCGUGUUCUGGUGUACAUACGGGAGUUACCAAAGAACAUAGUCAUCAACCACAGCCUAACGCUCAUACAGGACUACCAAGUACAGAACCUGAAGCCAGCCGUGGUCAAGCUCUACGACUACUACCAGCCAAGUGACCAGUCUGAUACAGAAUACACCCUAUAUCGUUGUGUUGCAGCUUGAAGAGCGUGUGGUCAGUCCUCGAGUCGUCCAGAAGAUACAUAUUAUGUACUUAACACCAUGUCUGUUUGUCUUCUCUUGUUAGUAUUCUGCCACAACCAGUUACAACUGUAACUACAGUGUCUGAAGUGAAAUACAUGCAUAAUAGACAAUUAAAUAAUGUCAUAUUAAUGUCCCGUUUGAAA